AUUGGCGUAAUUUUAUCGGGGAAAAUUGUGGAGAAAGACAAGUAAGACGAAGGGGGGAGUAAGUUUGAACUCAGUAUGGCAACGAUCGAGAUCGUCAAAGCCCGUCAAAUUUUUGAUAGUCGUGGAAAUCCUACUGUCGAAGUUGACAUAACUCUUACUGAUGGAACGCUGGCCAGAGCUGCUGUUCCGAGCGGUGCUUCUACCGGUAUCUAUGAAGCUCUUGAGCUGAGAGAUGGUGGGUCUGCCUACCUUGGAAAGGGAGUACUUGAGGCUGUGGAAAAUGUAAAUUCAAUCAUUGGACCUGCUUUAAUUGGCAAGGACCCAAGAGAGCAGACAAAACUAGACAAUUUUAUGGUGUGGCAACUUGAUGGGACCGUCAAUGAAUGGGGUUGGUGCAAACAGAAGCUUGGAGCAAAUGCUAUACUGGCAGUCUCCCUUGCUAUUUGUAAAGCUGGUGCUGCAGUGAACAAGAUACCCCUCUAUAAGCACAUUGCCAAGCUUGCUGGGAAUAAGAAGUUGGUUCUUCCGGUCCCUGCAUUCAACGUCAUUAAUGGAGGUUCUCAUGCAGGCAAUAAGCUAGCCAUGCAGGAAUUUAUGAUUCUCCCUGUUGGAGCAUCUUCUUUUAAGGAAGCUAUGAAAAUGGGUGUGGAAGUCUACCAUCACCUCAAGGCUGUAAUAAAAAAGAAAUAUGGACAAGACGCUACUAAUGUUGGUGAUGAAGGCGGUUUUGCCCCUAAUAUUCAGGAGAAUAAGGAGGGUCUUGAACUCUUGAAGGUUGCUAUAGCGAAAGCUGGAUACACUGGAAAGGUUGUGAUUGGAAUGGAUGUAGCUGCUUCAGAAUUUUAUGAUAACAAGGCCAAGACCUACGACCUGAAUUUUAAGGAAGAGAACAAUGAUGGAUCAGAAAAAAUUUCUGGAGACAGCUUGAAGAAUGUCUACAAGUCAUUUGUGACAGAUUAUCCUAUUGUGUCCAUUGAAGAUCCAUUCGAUCAGGAUGAUUGGGAGAAUUACGCGAAGCUGACUAGUGAAAUUGGCCGGCAAGUCCAGAUAGUUGGAGACGACCUCUUGGUUACCAACCCAAAGCGUGUAGAGAAAGCUAUCAAGGAGAAGGCAUGUAAUUCCCUUCUCUUGAAGGUAAAUCAAAUUGGUUCAGUGACUGAAAGUAUUGAAGCAGUCAAGUUGUCUAAGCACGCUGGUUGGGGUGUUAUGGCAAGCCAUAGAAGUGGGGAAACUGAGGAUACGUUCAUUGCAGACCUUUCAGUUGGCCUGUCAACAGGUCAGAUUAAGACUGGUGCACCCUGUAGAUCUGAGCGCCUAGCCAAAUAUAACCAGCUCCUAAGGAUAGAAGAAGAGCUCGGACCAGCUGCAAUUUAUGCUGGAUCAAAAUUUCGAUCACCAGUGGAGCCUUAUUGAGAUUUUAAUCAUGAGAAAGCAACCACUUCACUAUGUUGAUGAUUUUGUAUGGAACAUAUGAAAUGAACUUUUUUCUGGUAGCAGGGAGGUGAUGAGGUGCUCUACGCAUGUUAUCUUAGACUAGAUUUAAUCUCGAUUAUCUCUUUUACUAGAAAUGCUGUGAUUUUCUAGCCUGCUUCUUUCUGUUUCUA